AGCAAAUACGCUCGUCAAUUUUUUGUCAGUUGAAAUGCAACCGUUGUGGUUUUUGCCGGCGAUUUUUAAGUGUUUUAUAUGUAUUUUUCGUGAGUGAAUUUGUGUGUUUGGCUGUUAUUAAUUAUCGCUGCUCAUUCUUGGAUUAAGUGCAUUUGCAAUAAAUUUGUUUGCUGUGUUUCCGCCGCGCUUCGCUUGAUGUGCACUGAAAACAGAUUGUGUUCAUAAUUUGCACUCCAAUUAAUAUUUUGCGCACGCACACCUAAAUUGCGGAGAAAUUUUCCUUAAAAUUAAAGAAAACACAAUCGUGAAAGUGGCAAAAGAAGUGGUAAAGUAAAAAAUAAUUAAAAGAAGAUAACUAGCAAAGCAGCAGUGACCAAGGCGUACAAACAAGGCAGCAACCUGAAACUUCGGCAGUAGCAGAGAGAAAUACAACAACAACGCGAAGCAACAGCUCUGCUUACACGUACAAUUCGAAUUGACGCAACACGACGUGCGGUUCUUCUUGUCCUUUUAUUGUCUGCUUCGCAAGAAUAUUUUGAUUUUGCUGUCAUCGACGUUGGCGCCGACGUCUACGUUAACCGAAGUUCGCAGCAGAGACCGGGACGCUUCGAAUGUGAACUGUGGUUAUUGUUUUUUUGCGUGUUGGGUGCGUUGAAUCACGCGAGUAGCUGGUAAAUUGUAAUUAUUUGACGGUUUUAACACGUUCUGUUUUCUUUUUUGCAUAACUUUGCGUACUUACGAUACAAAUAGUGAAGUGUACACCAGAAAUUAAUUAAUAUAAAAACCUAUAUCGAUUAUAAGCAGCUGCAUACUCAAAAGAAGUAUAAAAGGAUUCAAGCGAAGAUAAAAAUAAAAGCAAAAUGUCGGACACAAAAUCGUUUUCGAGUAUUGAAACACCUGGUUAUGUUGGCUUCGCCAAUUUGCCAAAUCAGGUGCAUCGUAAAUCGGUGAAAAAGGGCUUCGAAUUCACGUUGAUGGUGGUAGGUGAGUCCGGACUGGGGAAGUCCACCUUGGUUAAUAGUCUCUUCUUGACGGAUCUGUAUCCGGAGCGAGUUAUUCCAGACGCCAUAGAAAAACAAAAGCAGACCGUCAAAUUAGAAGCCUCUACAGUUGAGAUUGAGGAGCGCGGCGUUAAAUUGCGUCUAACGGUUGUUGAUACGCCCGGCUUCGGUGAUGCAAUCGAUAAUUCGGAUAGCUUCAGCGCCAUACUGCAAUACAUUGAUGAACAGUAUGAGCGUUUUUUGCGCGAUGAGAGCGGCCUGAAUCGUCGUAACAUUGUGGACAAUCGUAUACACUGCUGUUUCUAUUUUAUAUCGCCUUUCGGACAUGGCCUUAAGCCACUCGAUGUAGAAUUCAUGAAAAAAUUACACUCCAAAGUGAAUAUUGUGCCUGUGAUCGCUAAAGCUGACUGCCUCACAAAAAAGGAGAUCCUCCGUCUCAAAUGCCGUAUCAUGCAAGAAAUAGAGGAUCAUGGCAUUAAAAUAUAUCCACUGCCUGAUUGUGAUUCCGACGAGGAUGAGGAUUACAAAGAGCAAGUAAAACAGCUGAAGGAAGCGGUGCCGUUUGCAGUAUGUGGCGCAAACACGCUGCUCGAGGUGAAGGGCAAAAAGGUGCGUGGCCGCUUGUAUCCGUGGGGAGUUGUGGAAGUGGAGAAUCCCGAUCACUGUGACUUUAUUAAGUUGCGUACGAUGUUAAUCACUCAUAUGCAGGACCUUCAGGAAGUCACCCAAGAAGUGCACUACGAAAAUUAUCGUUCCGAGCGUUUGGGUAAGGGCCGCAAGGAAAAUGGUAUGAAAGUCGAGCGCGACUCCAUGGUGCCAACGCAAAUUGUCGUGAGUAGCGUCAUCUCCGAGAAGGAUCGAAUAUUACAAGAAAAGGAAGCGGAGUUGCGACGCAUGCAGGAGAUGCUGGCGCAAAUGCAGGCCAAAAUACAAGCGCAACAAUAGGUCUAGAAAGGGAGUGUGCGAAAGAGUGCAAAGUAGCGCAGGUGUAAGCAUAAAAAACUAUAUACUAUAACGGCAACAACAACUAAAGCAGCAACAAUAAAAAUAGUAAUAAUAAAAACCAAAUUGACAAGAGCAGCCGAGCGACUGCUGACUCAGGUGAUGAAGCUAAUAUGAAAUAUGUUAGAGCAUUGUAUUACUAUUACUGGCUAGCCAGAAUGUAGUAACACAGCCACAAGCUAUUUCGCUAGCUACAUCAGCUACAAGCCAAGCAAUAACACACCAUAACCACAGCUAUAUAUUGUGGGAAGUAUAGAGCAUUUGGAAUAUUUGGACUUUUGACCUCACCAUUCUGGUUAGCCAGUUAGACACGACAGCAGCAACAACAAGGAAUAUUAGAACGUUAAAUUGUGAAGCUGCGGUGCAUUUCUUCACAAAUGCCUCCACAAAAUUACAAUCUUUAAGAGCUGCUUUUUUACUAACAAAAUGUUCUAAAAUAGUUUUUUAUUUCGAAUUUUUUUUAUUAUUAAAUAGUUGAGUAACAUUCUUGGACCAACUUCUUGCACCUAGACGUUAAUUUUAUGGUCUUUGUAUAAAAAUAUUGGGCAUUGUUUUGUAAUUAUUAGCAACUAUGCUUAUUUUUAAUAUUAUUUGAUAUGUAGUAACUAGUACAUAUAGGCAGAAACAUUCAUAUAUAGCCUUUUCGUAUUUGGGUAACUCUAUUAAAUUCGAAAAAAAGAAAAAGUUGAAAAACUUUUCAUACGAAUUUCCAUGCGAAUUUUGAGAGCUCGGUUUAAGUUUCCCGAUUUUCCAAUUUGAAGAAAUACAUCAAAAAUGUAUAUAUUUGAAUAUCUUAUGUUGUUUUCACGACGGAAACAGUAUAUUUCUGCAAUGUUUUAUGUUACGUAAGACGACUUUAAAUUCCUGACAUGGUGCAAAAAAAAUUUACAUGCAUCGCAUAUUUAAAUCAAAAAUAUUCAUAGUGGUUGAGAAUAACCAAUGCUGCUUAGGACGAACUCGGUAAAUUUUUGGUUAAUGUUUUUUAGCCUUCGGUAUAACUUAAAAUAACAAUUAUUUGUAUUGUUUAAAUGAGUUUACAUACCCGCCCACACACGUAAACACACACAUCUUGAAGUACAUUCUAAAUUUUGCUCAUCAUACAUACUCACUCUACAUACAUAAUAAUGUAGUAUUUAAGUACUUCAAACAUAAUCACUAAGGACCUACGCAUGAUUAAAACACAAAGCCACCGUCACAAAAAAAGAUGUGGGAAAGUAUCCAUAAACAUCCAUUUUAACCGCUCGCACUCUAAACAUUUCAGUUAUUUUACCACAAACGCCUACACGACAUCCGCCCAUAUUUGUUAUACGUACCGUACACACAAUUACUUGGUCAUUGUUGAAGUUUAAUUAAACACAGCACUCCAUUUUACAUAUUUGAAUAGCCACUUGAGCUUGUUUUUUAUUAGCCUUAUCUGGUUUUACUUAUAUGAAAACAUAAUUUUUUGCAAUCUAAAAAUUAAAAAAAAAAACAUGUAUGCAGAUAGUAUGUCAGUCCUAUAUAAAUGAGAAUAUAUUUUUAAUUACACAGAAAUGAUAUGGAAAAUAUUUUUAUAUUAAUAACUACAUAUGUAAGCAAUAUGCUUUCUACAUUUUCGAAUUGUCUUUGAAAUUAUUUGCAUACAUACCUUUUUUGAAAACUAAGAUGUUUUCAACUAAAAUGUAUGCUAUUAGUAAUAAUAAUAAAGCGUUUAACUAUUUUAUUGACACAUGUAUGUAUGUACAUCCACAUUUCGGUUUAAUCAUAGCAUUUGUAAUGUCUUAGUAAUAUGUACAUAGAAAAUUUAUGAGCUAAUAAGUACUUUUGUAAGAAAAAGAAGAAAAUGAUUUACUUAUCUGAAAGCUUAUAAGACUUGGUUCUUUUUAAAAUAUAAAUUUUUAGGUGUAAAAAGCACAAGAAAUUAUUUACAAUUAAAUGCUUAAAGUUGGAAAAUUCACAAACCAUAAAUGUGUUUGACAGUUAACAUUUCUGGUUAAGGAAAUGCCCUUUUCUGUUAUAAUAAA